AUGUCCCUCCCAGACACACCUCGUGAUGACGCAUCCCAGGAGACUUCCUGUCCUCAAACCGCCCCAUCAGCAUUGGGGGAGCCGGAGAAGAAAGCGAUUGCCCAUCCCGAUGAUGAUAUCCCUCGGCCACAGGAGGAGGAAUAUCCCCACGGUGUUCACUUGUUCACUAUCAUCCUUGGCCUCGUCUUGACGAUGCUUCUAGCUGUCAUGGAUAUGACAAUUCUAGCAACCGCCAUCCCCCCGAUCACGGACGAGUUCCAUAGCCUAGACGAUGUGGGCUGGUACGCAUCGGCGUUCUUCAUGACGGUGGCGUCGUCACAAUCCACUUGGGGGAAAGCAUACAAAUACUUUGACCUCAAAACCGUAUUCCUCCUUACGAUAUUUGUGUUCGAACUAGGCAGUCUGAUCUGCGGCGUCGCGAAGAACAGUGCUACAUUGAUUGCCGGUCGAGCUGUGACCGGCUACGGCGCUGCAGGUGUGCUCGCUGGCUGCUACACGAUCGUGGCCUUUGCGGUUCGACCCGAGAAGCGACCCGCAUUCGCAGGGGUGUUAGCGGCCACGUAUGGAGUCGCCUCCAGCAUCGGCCCUGUGAUCGGAGGGGCCUUGACGGAUCGUGUCUCCUGGAGAUGGUGUUUUUUCAUUAAUCUUCCCAUUGGGGGGUUGUCGGCGGCCAUUAUCUUGUUGACCUUCAAGACACCGCGCAUGUCACGCACAGAGAAGGACGCCAAUGCGCCGUGGCUGGAGAAGGUCCGCCAGAUGGAUCUCGUCGGAACCUUCACAAUCAUGGCGGGCGUUGUCUGCCUCCUGCUGGCCCUGCAAUGGGGGGGCGUCGCCAAAAACUGGUCAUCAGCCCCUGUCAUUGGGACAUUGAUUGGGUUCGGCCUAAUUACUCUUGCCUUCCUGGUCAUCGAGUAUCUCCAGGGAGACCGUGCACUACUGGUCCCUCAUAUCCUAAAAAAACGAGUCGUGUACAUGGGAUGUAUCGUAAGCUUCUUUCUUGGAGGCGCAGAAUUCACCCUCAUCUACUACAUCCCCAUCUAUUUUCAGUCCAUCCUAGGCACGACAGCUCAGGACAGCGGAGUCCGCAAUCUCGCAUUCAUCAUUGCCGUCACUAUCUUUACCGUCAUCUCCGGCGGUGCAAUCACUGCGACGGGAUACUUCACCCCCUUGGUGCUCAUUGGUGCUGUUCUCACCACUGUCGGCACUGGUCUAAUCUACACCUGGUCGCAAACAACCCCAGCCGGGGGCUGGAUCGGCUACCAAGUGCUCACUGGGAUCGGCAUCGGCCUUUGCUUCCAGGCACCCAUCAUGGCAGGACAGGCGCUGGCGGACCCUGAAGACGUGUCACCGACAACGGCCAUGAUGCUCUUCUUUCAGACGAUGGGCGGGGCAUUCAUGGUGUCCAGUGCACAGGCAGGGUUCACGAACACGUUGCUUAAGCGGUUGGCUGAACGUGCGCCCGGCGUCGAUCCACAAGCGGUGAUUGCGGCAGGCGCAACCAAGCUUCGUCAAGCAUUCCAUGGCCCUGACCUGGAUGCCAUACUACAUAGCUAUAUGGACGGACUGAAGGUCGCGUUUCUGAUCAUUCUGGUUUUGGCGGGCUGUGCAACAGUGUUGAGCCUUGGAAUGCCGUGGACGUCGAUCAGUAAGGGUGCAAAGGACAAGACUGAAUCUCAACCGUCUGUAUAG